ACUAAUUUACUAUUUGUUUCAGUAAUCUAUGAAAAAUGAGUUACAUUCAAAACACAUGGUUCUCCAAGAAGGAUGUGCUUGAAGACUUGUCCAGGAUAGGAAUCGCAAACUUGGAGGACAGUUAUAUUCUGACCGGACAGAGACCACCGCCCACGUGUAGAGAGGUUAUUGAUGAUGAAGAAUUCGAACUGCGAUUCAAUGGGACAGUCCACAACGGAUUAGUCUACGAGAGCGUGGAACCAGACCUGAAGGGAAUCACAGAUUAUUUACGGAUGGUCGAUGAUGUCGAGUGCAGCCCGCGAGAUUCUCCGACCGAGGUCAUUACAAUUAGUAAAUUAAAUCCCAAUGUUAGAGAAUUUAUACCAAAUACUUCAAAGGCUAGUGAACCAAAAACUAGAAAUGCCGAAAACAACACCAACAACAUCGAGACGACAGCUGAAAUUAUAGAUAACGGGGUUGACUUAACGAAAUUAAAGCAACAAGAAAUCAAUGACAUUGCUGAGAAACUAAGAGAUAAAGUUAGCAAUUCAUCAAGAGCAGAUACUUCACAACAAAAGAAAGAGAGAAAUGUAGCCAUAGCAGCUCUGUUAAAACUCUAUUCAGCAAAGCCGAAAACAAAAACACCAUCCACAUUUGAAGAACGUAAAGAAGAUGAACCGUUGAAACUUGUGACGCCUGAUUUCUUUAUAGGAAAUAAAAUCAUUGAACAUUCUAGUAAUACAGUGUGUGAACAAGACUUGUGUAAAACUUCUCUUAGUGACAGUGUACAUGAACAGACUAGUUCAAGUGAUGCUUUAGAGUCAUGCUCAUCAACAUCCUAUACCAUAGACUCUAGUGUCCAAGAGUCUAUAGACAAAGUUAAUAAUUGGUUUGGUGAUACAAAAUGUUCCUCAAAAAAAGCCCCCGCUAUAUCAUUAGAGCCACCAGUAUUUAAAAGAAAAGAACCCAGAAGCAUAAAGUCUAGUUGUGAUGGUAGACAGAGAUAUAAUGGGAACAGUCAAAAUGGUCAUUACAAGCCAUCGAAAUAUGCGGACGAUCUCUGCAAGAUGUAUACAAAGAGAACUGAAGAGAGAGAAACCGCCAGACAAGACAUUUGGACUAAGGUGCAGGCUGAAUUAAAGGCCAAGGAUGAAAUAUUAAUUAGAAAAAAAAUGGAGGAAGAUACUACAGAUGACAAUAUUUAAAUUAAUUCUAUAGCUCCUAAGUGCCAAUCUAAGAGCUUGUGUUAUAGGUACUAGACGACUGAUAGAAAUACUUUAAUGUAUUUUUUAUGUAAAUACAUACAUAAUAUAAGUAGAAACAAACAAUCGUUAUGAAUGGAAAUGUUUGAUUUGUGCAAGGAGUCGAACCCGCGACCGUUGGAAGUAAGGCGGUAUCAAUCCACUAGACUACUGAGUCUUAUAAUAUAAUGAUUUGUCGGCGAUUUAUAUAUUUAUAAUUACUGAGUUUUGUGGGCUAAUUAUGUAACUUCGUUCGCAACGAUUUUCGUAUGUAACGUAGUGAAAAUGACGUCAUCUGUCAAUAAUGCGAUCAUAUAGACGCCAUUUGACGCUGUCAACUAGCAUUGCAACGUAAACGCAACUUUCCAUAUCGAUAAAAAUUAUUUCUAUCGAAUGUAGAUUUAGUAACCUCGUUGCAACGUCACGUAAUCGCUAUUUUGCCGAAAUGACAGCGUGGAAUUGAAACGGUUUUUACAUUAUGAGAAACAAUUUAGAAGGUGUUUCUUUUGGUUACAAUCUU